ACGGACCCUUGCGACAGUUUCUACUGCGCGUCGUAUCUAUGGGCGAAUUUACGUUUGCCGGAUCACGUGAAGUAUCAGGAUAGCAUAAUUCACUAAGAGGAUAACGGAUUGAAGUGAGGUGCGGAUUUGAUUUUCGGAGCUAAGUUCGCGGUAGUAGAAAAACAGGUAACUCGAUAAGUCUAUAGAGAAAACGCAAAAUCCUGCAGCUGUUGUGGUUAUGUGGUUCCAUGGCAGAGACAGGUAAAAACGAUGGUGAUGCAUCGAUCUGUAAUGACAGCUAUGCGGUAGAACGCAUGCUGGACUAUGAGCUUCACAAUGAUUUAGAGAAGAUAGUACAUGUUCAAACAGAGGAGAGCAUUUUGCGAAAGAUAUUGGAGCAUAUUAAAUGUGGUACGAAUACGAAUAAUCAGCCACUAAAGGAAGCACAGAAGAAUGAUGGUCAGAAUAUCGAAAAAAAUGAAGAAAAUAAUGGCAAAGAGAAUCAAAAGACAAUAUUGCAAAAGCAGGUGGAAACUGGAGAGAUUACUCCCUUCGAAGCUGUACUUAAGCAGUCAGUCUCGGAAUCAGGAAAGGGGAGUGUCAAUAAAAAAUCUGAGUUGUCUGAUCUUGAAAAGUACUUUAAGCAGCAAGCUGCUCUUGCAGAGCAAAGGAGAAAAUUGAAAAAGACGCCUAAGAGACCUCCUAUCAAAACAGAUGAUUCAGUGUCGGCCAAAAAAGUCAAAACAUUAUCCAGUACGGAAACAAGAGCUAGUAAAAGAUCUCAAAAAUCCAAAGUGAAUGAAAAUACUGAGGAUAACAUUCUACACGUCGCAGACAAAGCAGGUCCUUCAAGCAUAAUAAAUGAAGCUGUACAGACAGACGUCAGUUCAGGAAGUGAAUAUGUUCCCAGUGAUAAGGAAAUCGAUUCUGAUGUAGAAGAUAAGGCAUCCAAAAAACGAAAAAUUUUGGUAAAAUCAGGGUGUAUGCGUCUAAAAAGAACUCGGGACGAUGGGGACAAUCGGAUAUUCCAGCAAAGGAUGGAAACAAACAGUUAUCCCAAGGAUGAAGCAAUGCACAAAAUUGAUAAUAUCUUUAAGGUGCCACAAAGUAUUUGGAAAAGAUUGUACAGGUAUCAAGGAGUCGCGAUUCAAUGGCUCUGGGAAUUACAUAGUCGCAAAUUGGGCGGCCUGUUGGGCGACGAAAUGGGAUUAGGAAAAACCGUAGAAGUUAUCGGGUUUCUUGCGGGCUUGGAUUGUAGUGAGUUGCUCUCUCACAACGGAAGAUUCAGGGGUUUGGGCCCAACAAUAGUUGUAUGCCCUGCUACUUUAAUGGAGCAAUGGGUGAAGCACUUUCACGAAUGGUGGCCUUUCUUUAGAGUCGUUGUACUUCAUCAUUCUGGUGGUUACAAUGGAGAUCCAGAGGAUUUGAUAGAAUCUUUACAAACCGGCGGAAUACUCGUUACUUCUUACAACGGUGUCUUAAGACACAAAGAUCUACUCGUGUCUAAUCAAUGGCAUUACGUUAUCCUCGAUGAAGGCCACAAGAUUCGUAAUCCGCAAGCGAAGGUGAGCCUAGUGGUGAAACGAUUUUCAACACCGCAUCGAUUGCUUCUAACUGGUAGUCCGAUGCAGAACUCUCUAAAAGAAUUGUGGUCUCUGUUCGAUUUCAUUCUACCUGGCAAAUUAGGUACUUUGCCCGCAUUUCUGGAACAUUGCGCGGCCCCUAUAACGCGCGGCGGUUACGCGAACGCGUCGCCGUUACAGGAGGCGACGGCUCUCCACGUGGCUACUAUGCUGAAGGAUACAAUUGCCCCGUAUAUGCUCCGUAGAACGAAGGCCGACGUGAAGCAUCAUCUUACGUUGCCGGGGAAGAACGAACAGAUAUUAUUUUGCAGUUUAACGGAUGAGCAGAAGAAGCUAUAUAAAAAAUACCUCUGCUCUGAAGAUGUAUCCUAUGUUUUGCACGAGAAGAAUAGCAGCAGAAGAUAUAGAGCGAGAUUCCUCAUCGCGUUGUCAGCGUUGAGAAAGAUAUGCAAUCAUCCCGAUUUGUUUUGGUACACCAGAGAGCUCGGUUCCGAUGAAGAUAUCAAUUUGUCCGACGAAAUGUUAGAGAAGUUCGGUUAUUGGAAACGUGCGGGGAAAAUGACCGUGGUCCGAUCUCUCUUGAAGAUUUGGCAGAAGCAAGGACACAGAGUGCUACUCUUUACUCAAGGAAGACAGAUGAUGCAUAUCUUGGAAUCUCUUUUGCAACAGGACGGAUACACUUAUUUGAGAAUGGACGGAACGACCGCAAUGUCUCAACGGCAGCAAACAAUUCAAACGUUUAACAAUGACUCGUCGUAUUUCGUAUUCCUGCUAACAACGCGCGUAGGAGGGCUAGGAGUAAAUUUAACCGGUGCGAAUCGAGUAAUUAUUUAUGACCCUGAUUGGAAUCCAGCCACGGACGCUCAAGCGAGAGAACGCGCGUGGAGGAUAGGUCAGAAUAAACAAGUCACCAUCUACAGAUUAAUCACUGCCGGCACGAUUGAGGAGAAGAUGUACCACAGACAAAUUUUCAAGCUACUGCUUUCGAACAAAGUCCUGGACGAGCCACAUCAGCGCAGGUUGUUUAAGACGUCGGAUUUGGUGGAGUUGUUCAAUUUUAACGAGCCAAUAGACGGCGAAUCGUCCGAGUCUGAUCGCUUGUUUAGGGAAUCCAAGCUGACCCCAGUAUCCAGCAACUUUUCUCUCAGCAAAAUCGAGAAGAUGAGGAGAUUAGCUUCGACCAUCAGCAAGAAGAUCAGCGCGACUGCGAGAUCGACUGUCAACGAAGAUAGAAAUCUAGACGACGGUUCCUGCGGAGGCAAACACGACGAGCAAAACAAUAAUUCGAGAUGUGCCGAGACCCCCGCUGCAAACAAUGAUAUAACUGAGGACCGAGCGUCACCAUUCGAGCAAAUCAACACGCAGAAGUCUCUACCUGCAUGUAUCGAUGAUUUAAACGCAAACUCUGACGACGAUAUUAAUAAACAGAAUGGUGCAAAAAGCAAAACAGACGAAUCUGAGCAAAAUGUAGCGCCGACGAGAUCCGAAACUAGCAGUUUUCUAGAAAAAGAGAGCGAAUCUGUUCUAAGUAAUGAUAAAACCAAGUCAUCGUCUGAUCAUAGACGCAAGAGACACAAAAAGGGAAGGAAAAAGAAAAGCGUUUCCGCGAUUUUCGAAGGAGAACGUGUCUCUUGCUUGCUCGGUCGUCGCCUGGGACGUUCCGAUGGAAAUGGACAACUGAUUUCGACGACAGACGACGAUUAUGUAUUGAAAAAGCUGUUUGCCAAAUCAACUGUUAGUUCGGCCUUUCAACACGAAGCAGUAUUAUCAAACGCGCGUUACAACGAUGACGGUGAAAACACGAUGCAACGCUUUGCGCGCGAAUCAGCGCAGGAGAGUAUGGAGUUCGUUCGUCAGUCAGGGAAAUUUUGCUGGAGACCAGCAUAAAAAAAAAGAUAAUCCAUCAAUUCGUAAUGGUAACAUUUAUAUUUUUUGUUUUUAUAAAUUUUAUUUGAAUAUAGAAUCGUGUAUGUUCUUCACAUCUAUUAAAGAAUAAUAAGGAAUGCGAAA